UUCUGCUGACGUCACGUGGCUGACGUUGGCGGAAGCAAGUCGUUGCUUUAGCUUGUCAACUCCAAACCAUAACAGAGGGGAUGAUUUGGUAUUAAAUCUCCAAGAAAUUAUUUCAGAUAUCGUAUUUAACUCUAACCGGGACGACUUACCGGUUAUCUCUCUUGGCUUGACAGACGACCUAGAAGUAGCUAGCGAUAAACUUCGACUGAGAUGGAGGACCCUGGUGGUACAGGAGCAGAUUGUGUGGCUCCAUCACCAGCAGGUGCAGCCAAGUCAAAGCUGGACACACUUUCCAAAGAUGACCUCAUCAAGUUUGCCAAGAAGCAGAUUGCUGGCAUGCAGAAGAUGAAGGGCAGAUGUGCAGAUUUGGAAAAAGAAGUUGAAUCCCUCAAAAAGCAAUCCAAAAACAGUUGCAACAGUUCAGAUGACUCCACUCUGAUACAGGAGCUGACCGAGAGGAUGGAUGCCUUGCUACUGGAGAAGGCCGAAACGCAACAAAGUCUUUCACUAUCUCGUAAAGCUCUAGAGAAGACCAAGCAGCAAGCCAAGGAUGAUCUGGCGGUACUGCAAGGAGAGCUCGACCGUGUAAUAGAAGAUCACCAAAGGCAGAUCAAGACUUUAGAGAGCAGCAUUGAGGAAUCCAACAACAAACACCAAGAAGAAGUGGCUUAUUUCCAGAGAUUACUGAAAGAGCGGGAAGAAAGUGACCGGAAGAGGGAGAGUGAAAGAGAGAGGGAACAAGCCAGUGCAAAAGAGACCACUGAAGAGGUCCGCCCUUGCUUCGAAGCUCAGCUGCAAACCCUUCGAGCUGAACUGGAAGCAAUUCAAGAGCGAAAAUCCCAGGAGAUCGCUGAGCUGCAGGAGAGCCACCAAAGGGAGUUGACGGAGUCCCAGCAGGAGGUGGAGAACCUUAAGGAGGAGCUGGCUCAGAAGAGUCUGCAGCACGAGGAGGAAAUGAGGGCUCUGGAGGAGGACUGUGAGAUGGAGAGGGAGCGUCUCCUGUUGCUCCACGAGGAGCUGACCGAGCAGCUCGCUCUCAAAGACAGCUACCUGCAGGAUGUGCAGGAAGAAGAUGAGGAACCUGCUCGCAGUUCAGGGAUCGCCAAAAUGCUGGAGCUGUCUGCCUGCACUGAGGGUGACUCCAGCCAAGGUUAUGAAGAGGAGACAGAGAUCGGAAGACUGAGAGCAGCCAUGGAAGAACUUCAAGCCCAGAGCACCAUGUUGCGGGAUGAGCUCACCCUGCUCAGGAAUGUGAAGAGUGAGCUCGAGGCAGAGCUGGAGAGGGCCAAGGAGGAGUUUCAGAUGGAGAGGGAAGAGAUGGAGUUCAAAAUCAAUGAAUUACAGAUGAACCGGGAAAGUGCUCCCAGUGACCCAGCCAUAACGCUGGACCCUGACCAACAAGAAUUCCAAGGAGAGUUUCAGCAACAGAGUAAAGCACAUACAGAUGGAUGUGAAUCCAAAGAGUCAGCAAUCUGUCCAGGGGACCAAAACUCCCUAAGUCCAGAGGAGCUGAGGGCCCAGUGUGAGUCAUUGACCAAAGAGAGAGACUCUGCAGAGGCUGAGUGUCAACGCAUGAGAGACCUACUGCAAGGUGUGGAGACAGAACUGGGUGAGAAGAUGAAAGAUUUUGUUCUUCAGUACAAAGCCAUGAAGGAGCAGGGGGGCAAUACUUUACGGGAACUCCAAGAAAAGAUGGACGAACUUAGCCAGGAGAGGGAUAACCUGUUGGUGAGGGUGAGGGAGGUUACAGAGGAGAAAAACACUCUGAUGAAGAACCUACAAGACCUGAAGCCAAAGCUUGAAGGUUCUGCAUGCGAUAACCAGAAACUCCAGUCGUCUGUAGAGGAACAAACAACUUUGGCCCGUGAGCUAAAGCAAUCUGUAGAGGAACUGACCAGGCAGAAUGAGGAGAUCCUCUCCCAACUGCAGAUGAAGGAAAACGUGACUCAGGACCUGGAGGAGAUGGUCAACACGCUGACUAAAGAGCGAGACGAAAAACAGUCCCAGCUUCGGCGCAGAGAAGAGGAAAUGCAAAAGCUGAACAAUGAGGGAGCAAAAGAAACCGAGAGGCUGCUUGAGGAGAAAGAGAAAGAGGCACUUCAGUGUAGAGCGGAGAAAGAGAAGAAGUUGGAAAGCCUGAAAAAAGAGUGGGAGGAUGAAGUGCAACAUCUGAAAGAGGAGGGGGAGAAGAUGGAGGAGAGCCUGAAAGAGGAGUUGGAAAGAAGGCAGGAGACGGUUUCCGCUUUAGAGCUGACCAUCAAAGACCUCUCUUCGGAAAAGGCUGACCUCCGCCAGAAAUUGGAAGAGGCAUCUUCUGGGCUUUCCAAAGCCCAGGAAACUAGGGAGCUUUUGGGCUCCAAGCUGGCAGCCCUGGAGGCUCAGCUAGAACAGGAGACGUCUGAAAAGAAUCACCUAGAGGCGAAGUUGAAUUCACUGACCGAGGAGGCAGAGCAGGCCCGCGUCACCAUCACAGCUCUGGAGGGAAGUCAGUCUGAAGUACUCCAAAACUCCACUGAGGAAGUCGAGGAGCUCCGGGCACGCGUCGAUGAGCUCGAAAAGGAGAGGGGGCUGUUGAGGAGUAGUCUGGAGGAGGCCCAAGGGGUAAUAGGAUUAGAGGAGGUGGAAAAAGAGCUCCAGGCUCGUAUCGAAGACCUGGAACAGGAGAGGAGCAUGUUGAGAAACAACCUGGAGGAGGUGGUGAAGGAUACCGAAGGGCUGCAGAAAGACCUGGAAGACAUGAAGUCAGUCAAUGAGAAGAUUCACGAGGAGAACCAGAGACUGCAGGCUCACAUUGCUCUCAUGACUCAAGAGGAAAAGGAGGAAGGGGAAAUGGAGACGAAUAUGGAGAAAGAGAGAAGAGAGCUUAAAGACCAGCUGGCAGAGAAGGAUUUACUCAUAUCUCAGUUGAGGAGUGAGACUGCUGCUCUCCAGGAGUCUGCUGCCCAGUCUGCUUCCUCUGAGGAAAAUGCAGCCGUUGAGAUCACAUCGAAAAUAGCUCUCCUGGAGAAGGAACACAAAGAAAAGGAUCAGAAGAUGAACAAAAUCAAAUCAGUUGCCAUCAAAGCAAAGAAGGAGCUGGAAAUCAGCAAGAAAGAGGUUGCAUCCCUCAAGGAAAAAGUAGAAUUACUGAAAGCAGAGAGGGAGAAAGUAAGCAGCUCUAUGAAAGAUAUCAUCCAUGGUGCUGAAGGCUACAAGAACCUGCAGAUAGAUUACGACAGGCAGACAGAGCAACUGGAUAAAGAGAGAGAGAAGGUGGAGGAGGCAGAGAGACAGAUUGUUGAGCUGACCAAACGACUCAGCAGUGCUGUCACACAGAAUGAUACACUGAGCAGUGAGAAAGAGGGCCUGCUGGCCAGUAUGGAGACCAUGAGGAGCACAGUUAGGCAGCUGGAAGCCCAAAACCAGGAGCUGCAAAGACAGUCAGCCGGUCUGGACAGAGACCUGCUGGCUGAGAGAGCUAUGAAAGAACAGAAGAUCAAGGGCUUGUCAUCUGCCAUGAAGGAGGUAGAAGAGCUGACAGCCCAGCUCCGCAAACAGAAGCAACAGUCUCAGCAGACUGCCCAGGAGCUGGAGCAGCUACGCAAGGAGGCGCAGCAGAGCUCCUUAAUGGACAUGGAGAUGGCCGACUACGAACGCCUGGUGAAAGAACUCAACGUCAAACUCGCAGAUAGAGAUGAGUGUGCUGAGGAGUUAAAGGCCCAGAUAAAUGCACUGACCCAGAAGGAGGACACACUCAAACAGGAAAUCGAGACUUUGAAGUCUCAGCUGGACCAGGGGGAGGAGAAGAUCUCAAAGAUGAAACAGCUGCUGGUGAACACCAAGAAGGACUUGGCCGAUGCCAAGAUGCAGGAAAGCUCCCUCAUGCUGCUGCAGGCCUCUCUGAAAGGAGAGCUGGAGGCUCACCAACAGCAGCUAGAAAGCUCCAAGAUUGAGGUGUGCGAGCUGGCGGCCGAGCGCCAUCGUCUGCAGGAGCAGCUGAGGUCUGCGUUGGAACAGCAACAGAGAACCAGCAGCUCCCUGCAGCAACGCAUCAACAGCCUGCAGCAGGAGAGAGACAUUGCUAGGGCUGAGCUCAUGGCAACAGCUGGCGAGUUUGAGGGUUACAAGGUGCGAGUCCACAAUGUGCUCAAACAGCAGAAGAGCAAAACCACUUCCCAGAGUGACGGAGACUCUGCCAAAUUAGAGAGGGAGCAGUUGUCCUCUCAGGUAAAACAGCUGAGGUCCAGGCUGGCAGAGAGCCAGCAGAGUCUCCAGAGCUGCACAGGCGAGCUGCAGCAGCUCCAGACUGAACACGACACUCUGCUGGAGAGACACAACAAAAUCCUCCAGGAAACCGUGAGCAAGGAGGCCGAGCUCCGUGAGAGGCUGCUGUCGGUGCAGUCGGAGAAUAGGGCUCUGAAGUCCGAUCUGUCCCAGGCUCAGGCCGACCUGUCUUCACAGGUUGAGAGCCAGCGCCAGACCUACAGGGAGCAGCUGAGGAAGCUGCAGGACGACCACCGGGCCACUGUGGAGACCCUGCAGGGCCAGCUGACCCGCGUCGAGGAGCAACUCUUCUACCUUCAGAGCCAGAACAGUUCAGUGGCGGUCCAGUCCGGCCGCAAGCCCAUGGCGUCAGACCCUCAGCGCAGAAACGCGGAUCAGAACCAGGCAGGGCUUGGACUAAUGGCCCUUAGCGACCUCCAGUCCAUGGCCAGGGAGGAGGGUGAGGGCAUGGAGACCACUGAGACAGAGAGCCCUUCUCCUGCUCUUACGCCUCUGCCAUCUCUGGAGCAGCUUCUCACAUCCCCAGACCCCAAACAAGAGCCAUUUGUGUGGACAGUGGAGCCUACCAAAGAAGAGCUAAGUCAAAAGUUGAGCACAGCCACGCGCAGUAUGGAACAUAUGAACAGCCUCCUGCAUGAAACGGAGGCCACCAAUGUUGUUCUCAUGGAGCAGAUCACAUUGCUGAAGAGUGAAGUGCGCCGACUAGAACGAAACCAGGAGAGGGAGAAGAGUGUGGCCAACCUGGAGUACCUGAAGAACGUCCUGCUGCAGUUCAUCUUCCUGCAAUCUGGCAGCGAGAGGCAGGCGCUUCUGCCCGUCAUUCACACAAUGCUGCAGCUCAGUCCAGAGGAGAAAAGCAAACUGGCUGCCAUUGCACAAGGUCAGGAGGAGGGCUCCGGGUCCCGGGGCUCAGGCUGGAGCUCCUAUCUUCACAGCUGGUCUGGGGUCAAAUAGUUUUGAUGAUCAACCAACCCACCAAAACAAUAGGAGCACAGUGCAAAGAUGUUACUGGGCCUUUUUUUCUGUGAAAACCUGUACUAAGCAGUGAUGCUGUACAUUCGAAAUAGUGGCAUAAGUGGGACGUUAACUAGGGCAUUUCUAAAAUUGACCAUAGAAGGGACCAAGGUAUGUAUCAGAAAAGAAUAAGGGAAGUGUGUGGUAGAGAUAACACCAAAUCCUUUUGACAUGAAUAUUGAUUUGAAUUUGCAGUGCAAUAGUUACAUUAGUCUCUCAGCAAUGAAAGUUAACUGUGACACACUUCUGUCUUCCUUAGUCUUACUAUUGACACAUGUAUUUAUAACAAUAUUUACUGGACAUGAAGGUUACACUUCCUUCAAAGUGGAGCUCAAAAGGCAUUAUAAGGAAUCAUUAGCACUAUGAAAAUCAUUGUAUAGUGUACACGGUGUGCUUUGAUAGGCGCUCCGGCAUGCGUGUGAGCGUGUGCGAGUGUCUUGUGCGUCGGUAUUAGACGCCGAGGUGACAAAGCAUCAAGAAGUCAAAGCCGUUUGGAAGCAAUCCCAGACCACUCUUUUUCUGAAUAUUAAGUACAGCCCCUUUAAGGGCAUGCUUAAGUGUUAACAUUUUUGUUUUAUGUGUUUUUACUACCUUAGAGGCAGCCAUUAUCCCCCCAUUCAUUGCAGUAUGAAAAUUGACAUGAAACUUUCUUAAAACAUUAAGAGUAAACCUUUAUUAUUUACUAGAAGGUAGAAAAAAGACAUGAAGAACACAUUAAUGCCCCAUGCUUUUGAAUCAGCAGUGUGUAUGUGUGACUUAGUUAAUGGGCUAAAAUAAUGCUAGAGCUUCGGUGUGGUCUGUUGAAGCCUUUCCUGUACGUCUAAUCAUAAUCUCACUUCAAGUUCAAACAAGUGCACG